ACUGCAGCUUACGCCGGCACCAGGCCCUUGGCUUACGGCGGUCUUUCAGGCACACCGCUCUGCGUGCCGUGUCACGUGGUUACCGUCUCGAACCCAUCCAUACUCCGCGGCGUCUCCUUCGUCUUCCAUGUCGCAUCUCUUCCCCGGAGCUUGCAGUAGAACAACAAUCCCUUUCUCUCCCCUUCAACACUCGAACCGCCGUCAUGGCCAUAGGCGAUGGCGCUUAUCCGUUCCGCUUCCUUCAGCGUACCGUUCCGAUUCCUACCGUCCCGAUCCCAGCCUGCCGAUCGCGUUCGAUCCCAUCCCUUCGGCCAGAUCCCUCCCUUUCCGCAAAUCAGAUCGAAGCGAUCUCAUCGUUCGCUUCGCACGGCUUUCUUCCCCUCACUGCAGAUCCGCCAACACCCGUGCCUUGGCACGAGUCACGGGUCACGCCUCUCCGGUUUCCGGCUUUCAACAAUCUCCAGCCAAGAUUGCUGUUCAAAAUUGCCUUUUCGAUUAUAGUUUCCUCCCCCAGUUCUGCUCCGUUCCCUCGCUGUGGCGCCUGAAUUUCCUGUCAGUUCUUCCGAGUUAUCUGAUGCUAGGAAGCUUCAGAUCGCACUCUAUAUCGCGUACGGCGGUGUUGCGGUGGUGAAUGUCCCUAGCACCGUCAGCGAUUCUUCCGUCGCUGAUAAAUCAAAACUUAAACCCCCCUACGCGCCAUGCCUCUCGUAACGCUCUUCCCACGCAUCAUCUCCCCGAAAAUCCGGAGAUUGCUCCACGUAAGCAGCCUUCAGAGCGCACGUCAGCGAGAAUCGCGGACGCCGAAACUCCAGCGGAGAGCGACGACAAUGGCGGCGUAUUUUCCGCUCUGGACUAUGAAUCCCAGUUGUUCUCCCAUCUGCUUCCGCAGCUGUUCUCGCAACCCCUCCCACACCUUCUCCUUGCUCCUGAUGACGUCAGCAGCCUGCAGAGCCCCGGCCGGCCGUCUAGAAGUACGGACGUUCCUUGCAGCGCCGUUGGUAACCCGACGGACGGCAACCUGACGGAUCAGUACGGCGAAUCCCUGGCAGCGGGUUAUGGCGAAGAUGGUUACCAAUUUCGUAGCGUUCCCUCUCGUGAAACCCUAGAAUUGAGCUUGCAGAAUGGUGACGAUUGUGGUAGCCAUUUCGAAUUUGACGUGGCGAACCAUGAGUUUGGGCUUGAGUGGACCCAUGACGUGGCAGCUCAUGACGUGGCGGAUUACGAGGCAAAGCGGCAAGUGAUGAUCGACCAAGGGACUGUGGCCGACCACGUGCUGGCAGAUCAAGUCAUUGGAGCGGACGAGAUUGCAGGUCAAGAGGCGGCAGGUGAGGGGAUUGCGGGUGAUGCACAGAGGGAUCAAGAGGAUAUGUGGGAGGACAUUGCGACCUCGAAUGGGACUGGUGCAGUGGGGGGAGCCGAGCAAGGAGUGGCGGAGAUUGGAGGUCAAGAAAAUGCAGGUGGAGAGAUUGCAGGCGGAGAGAUUGCAGGCGGAGAGAUUGCAGGUGAGGAUGUCACGGAUCAAGAGAAUAUCUGGGAGGACGUGGUGGCCUUGAAUGGGACUAUGCGCGGUGAGGAGCCAGGAGGUGCAGCAAGCUGGCAGGGGGGUUCACUCGUUCGACGAGACGAAAACUGUGGGAUUCCGCGGGUUUCCCUGACUACCUUGGACGAGUCUGAUUGGAUGUGGUCUCUCCCUGGCUCGCCACUAGCAAGCCGUGACCAUACACCAAUGGGCGGUGAGGAGGUCUUGGGAAGGGACUUGGAUAGAAGUCUACAGGAAGCGGGCGAAACUGACCCAGGGGAGAUGACGCUGAGGGAAGAAAUCCUGGAAGAUUUGAUGGAGGGGAUGUUAGUGGAUGGGAGCAUGGAGGUGGGUGUGUCCGUGAGAGGGCUAGAGAUGGGGCAGCAGGACGGGGUGCAGGGUGUGGGUGAAGCCGAGAUAGGCAUGAUGGAAGGCUUGGUGAAUGGGAGCAUGGAGACAGGCGAGGGUGAGAACUGUGGCAUGGGUAUGGUCAUGGGCAUAGGCGCUGGUUUCGGUGCUUAUGGUGGGGUUGAUGUGGGUGCUGGUGGUGGCUCAUGUGUGGGUGCUGGUGGUGGUGCUGGUGGUGGUGCUGGUGUCAAUAUGGAUGCGAGUGACUUGUGCACGGGUACAUGUGCUAGUGAGAAGGAUGGGGAUGUGGGAAUGGGGUGUUUGCAAUCCGGGGCCAUGAUGAUGGAUAACGACGGCAUGGGUGGUCAUGGCAUGCAUGCUGAGGGCAUGGGAACAGUGGCAAGCCAAAGUGGCAUGGGUGGUCAUGGCAUAGAUGGCAUGUGUGGUCAUGGCAUAGAUGGCAUGGGUGGUCAUGGCAUAGAUGGCAUGGGUGGUCAUGGCAUAGAUGGCAUGGGUGGUCAUGGCAUGGGUGGUCAUGGCAUGGGUGGUCAUGGCAUGGGUGGUCAUGGCAUGGGUGGUCAUGCCAUGCAUGGCAAUGGUAUGAGCGCAAGUCUAAUUCUUCCUACCCGCAGCUGGUCGUUUGGUGCUUUUGAGUGGAUGGGUAGUGGUGACCAGGCAGCUGGAAGCGGGCAUGGGAUGGAGCUGCUGCUGCUGCAGCAGCCAGCACAAAAGAAGGAGCUGCAGCAGCAUCAACAGGCACAAGAGAAAGAGCAGCAGCAGCAGCAGCAGCAGCAUCUGGCCCGUGGCUGGUCGUUUGGUGAUUCCGAGUGGACGGGGAGUGCUGAUCAGGCAGUUGGUGGCGGGCAUGGGAUGGAGCUGCUGCUGCUGGAGCAACUGCAGCAACCGCCGCCGCCGCCGAAGCAGCAGCAGCAGCAGCAGCAGCAGCGCCGGCAGCCGCAGCAGCGGCAGUAUCACCAGCUUCUGUCCCUGCCACGGCUAUCCCUUCCUGCUUCGACUUCUGCUUCCCGACCAAUUUUGCUUUCAGGCGGACCAAGCACACAGCCGGGAUGGCAGCAGCAGCAGCAGCAGAGGCACCACCACCACGACCGACAGCAACAGCACCUGCAGCAGCAGGACUCGCAACAUCACUUGCAGCAGCAGCAGCAGCAGCAGCAGCAGCGGGAGCAGCAGCAGCAGCAGCAGCAGCAGCAGCAGCAGCAGCAGCAGCAGCAGUGGGAGCAGCAGCAGCAGCAGCAGCAGCGGGAGCAGCAGCAGGAGGAGAUGAAGCAGGCACAAAAGCGAGUCUCCCUGCUGUGCCUAUCACCUAAUCCCCCCGCCCCAGCACCAUCACCAUCACCACGACCCACCCCACCCACACCAUCCCCAUCACCCAUACCACUCCAACCAUCGCCAUCUGUUCUUGGGGUUCCUCCCAUACCACUCCACCUGUCGCCCUCGCUCCUCCAUUCGCCUGCACUCAAACCUCUUCCCAUAUUCAACUCCCCUCCAAUGCUCCUACCCCAACUUACCAUUCUGCCUGCGCUUCGCCCACCACCGCUACUUAGAGCGAUACCAGCACUUACCUUACCACCCGCACUUAGCCCACCACCACCACUUAGCUUGCCACUGGCCUUCAGCUCACGACUGACACUUAGCCCACCACUUAUGCAGGAUUCCCAGCCUGCCUUGCAAGCAGGGGGGGUGCAGAAACCCCUUCGAGUGGCUGGCAGGAGGAGAGUGUGGAGGGAUGGGGGUAAUGCAAGGAAGAAGGCGAAGGAGGAUGGAGGGAUGGAGGUGGGAAGAGGGGUGGUGGGAGGAUUUGCGCCUGCUGUUUCGUCUCCUCCCUUUCUGCCUGCUUUUCACAGCACCCAAGAUUCUUCUUCGCCCGUCCUUGCUCCUCCUGGUGCUAUUGUUGCUGCUGGUGCUGCUGCUGGUAAUGGUGCUGGCAUUGCUGCUGCUACUGCUGCUGCUGGCACGGCGUCUGGUGGUGUGGCUGCUGCCAGCGCUUGUGGGAGAGAGGCCAAACUAGCUGUUCCUUCGUGCAACAGAGAGGUGGGAGGGCAAGCAGGGGAGCAGCAGGCAGGGCAAGCAGGGGAGGAGCAGGGAGACCCUGUGGGAGGUGAGAGGGGAGAGGGUGGCGCGAUCUUACUGGAAGACUGGAAGGGGGGAGAGCACGAAUGGGGGAUGGGCAGACGGGAGGAGGUUUUGAUGGGUCAACAGGGACGAGAGGGGCCUCCGUUCUGCUGUGAGGCGCCUCAGACCAGAGGGGAAAGGGAGCAGUCGAGGCGGGAGAGAGGAGACGGGCCCUUCUUCGCUUGUGAGGUAUCUGGGAACAGAGGGGAGGGGGGGCAGACGAGGCAAGAGGCAGGAGAGGAGCCAGGUAGGCUGAAGGUGGUGGUGGGAGCGCUGUUGGUUGAGGUGGGCUGGAUGAUGGGCUGCCUUGCUGGGACCAUCCACCAUCAAGAAGCUAUCAAUGGAGCACCUCAAGCAUUGAUGGGCUGCCUUGCUGAGGCCCCAGAAACUAUCCAUGGAGCACCUCAAGCAUUGAUGGGCGGUGGUGCCGCACAACUUGCACAAAUUGUGGGGACUACUACAGCAGAUGCUGCUGAAUCUGCAGCGGUGGCUGCGACCUCAGGGGAUGGGAGUGUAGCCGUGGCUGAGGAGGCAACGGGCUUGAGAGCAGGAUGGAUGGGGAAAGGAGAAGGGGUGGCGAAGGGGGCAGGAGGCACAGCGGAGGCUCAUGUGGCACAGAUGCUCUGUGCCUUUGACCCACUCCAUCGCACACUUGCUUCUGGCACCUCACCUGCUCCGCCUAACAGUGCUGUGCUAGCCCCAGCCUUACUGCGGGAUCCUUCAGGCGAAGGGGUCAUGAAGGGGGCAGGAGGCACAGCGGAGGUCCGCUCGUUACAGAUACUGCGUUCGUUUGACCCGCUUCAUGGCACCCUUGCUGAUGGCAUCUCAUGUGGUCUUCUACCCUACUCUACCUCUGAGGCGCCUGCCCCGUUUGCUGCGAUCCACUGGUUCACGUCACGAUUCAGCCGCAUCCUAAGCAAUCCGUCACCUCUCGCCCCUGCUGCAGUCACACGCGCUACAUUGUCACAUGCACUCACACGCGCUACAUUGUCACAUGCACUCACACGCGCUACAUUGUCACAUGCACGAACAGGGAGGCCACUCAUGGGCACUGUCGUGGCAACCAUGCGCUUGCAGCCAGCAAGAAUGCCGCAACGGUCAGACUUCUCACAGGCAGCACUGUCACUCCCGCUACUGUCACACACGCCAGUGCAGCCACCACCUCUGCUGCUGCCCCAGCCAGCAUUACCAGUGCCACUAAAACCAGUUGCAGGAUCGCCUAUUUUAACAGUAUCACCACCGUUGUUAUCACCGCUACCAUCACCACCACUGUCACAUUGUGCAAGCCCUUCUCAAUGCAUUGGUGAUAAAAGGGAGAGGAGGAGGAAGGAAGGGAGGGAGAGGAGGUCGGUGAGUGCAAGGGAGCAGUUGGGCUUGUCGGGAGCAAGGGGGGCGUUGCCCCAAGCUGCCGCCCAGAAGAUGCUACAGUGGAUGGUCACGCAUUGGGAUAACCCGAAACCAUCGAAGGAAGAGAAGAUGGGCUUUAUAAACGCCUUCAACAUCACCAAAAAGCAGGUCGAAGACUGGUUUGUAAAUGCUCGAGCACGGUUGUGGAAGCCCUUGGUAUGUAUAUGCUUGUGAGCUGUUUAUUUUGUGCACGUUCGGAUCUCACAUGAUUGAUUGCUAUGCAGACUGCCAAAUUAUGUGCUGAUAUCGUGCGAGAUUAUAACGCAACAGGCGGAUUGAAAGUGGAUAUUUCCCCGUUAGAGUCUUCCUAUAAGUGAAUCUUUCGUGAAGCUAAGUACAUAUGCCACUUUGUAAACGGGUUUGUACUUAGAGUGGUGAACUCUAGAAGUGUUCCUUGUAGACGACUCGUCCUAUCCGUGUUCCUAAUCUCUACAUCGGAGUUCCCGGAUUGCGCACCC